AUAAUUCCAUUGUUUUAAUUACGGCUAAUUAGAAAACCCUCCCGCUUCUUUAAAUUGAAACUGUUGUCGCUUCUUCUUCGAAUUCACCAUUGUUGCCUUCUCCUCGAUUCCAAAUCUUUUUACUUCUUGCGUUCUCUUCCCUUUCCAGUUCAGAUUUCUAGGGUUUCUCGAUAGCCAUGUCGCUGCGACCGAGUGCGAAGACAGAGAUCCGUCGAACCCGUUACAAGUUAUCUGUUGAUUCGGAAGAAGGACGGAGAAGAAGAGAAGACUUUUUAGUCGAGAUUCGUAAAAACAAACGCGAGGAAAGCUUGAUGAAGCGACGCCGCGACGGUGUUAAAGAUUUGUCUCCUGAUCACGAUGAACCCUUUCAGAGUUUGUUGGAGGUUUCGGAUAUGAUUGCUGGGGUUUUCUCGGAUGAUCCUUCGUUGCAGCUUGAGUCCACGAUUCGGUUCAGGAGGGUUCUAUCACUUGAAAGAACUCCACCUAUCGAUAGCGUGAUUAAAUGUGGAGUUGUGCCACGUUUUGUUGAGUUUCUUAAGAAGGAUGAUUNCCUGUUUUCUGCAUCAAACCCCGCUGCAACCAACAAUUGA